UGUUUUAUUUCUUUUAUAGUUCUAUUUUGUUUGUGUUUCUUUUGGAUUUCUCCUUCCUUCCUCAAAACUCUCAUCUUCAUUCUCUCUCCUCCACUAUCUCUCUUUACAAAACCUUAAUUUCAGUUUCAAUUUUAUUUAUCUGAAACUACGGAGUAAUUAUCACUGAGAAAAAAAGUCGAAGAAGAACAAGGAAUUGACAAACAACAACAAGAUGUUGCCGUCGUUGUCGUUAUCGUCGUCGUCCUCAGUUUCAGCUACGGUUCGUGUUGAUAAGGCUACCAGCGAGCUUCUUGUUGGUCCUGACUGGACUAUGAAUAUUGAUAUUUGUGAUUUCUGCAAUUCUAAUCACUGGUUGGCAAAAGAUGUGGUGAAAGAAGUGAAAAGGAGGUUGCAAAACAAGAAUCCUAAAGUUCAAUUGCUGACUUUAACGCUGUUAGAGACGAUGGUAAAAAAUUGUGGCGAGUAUAUACACUACCACAUUGCUGAGCGAAAAAUAUUGGAUGAAAUGAUCAAACUCGUAAAGAAAAAGGCUGACAUGCACGUGAGAGAUAAAAUUUUGGUACUUCUGGAUUCGUGGCAAGAAGCAUUUGGUGGCCCUGGUGGAAAAUAUUCUCAAUACUAUUGGGCUUGUGAUGAACUGAGGCGUUCUGGCGUCCAUUUUCCCCAGCGCUCUCCGCGUUCAGCCCCAGUGAUUACGCCGCCUGUCACCCAUCCAUCGAGAGUUGCUCAAGUUGGCUUCGGCAUGCCUGCCAAUUCUUCAAGAAGGCUGGAUGAAGCCAUGAGCUCUGAGGUUGAGAGCUUAAGCAUUUCGGCGUUGGAAUCUAUGCGGAAUGCGUUUGAGCUCUUGGAUGACAUGCUUCAAGCUGUCAAUCCUAACGAUCGUAUGUCUGUGAAAGAUGAAGUAAUUGUAGAUCUUGUUGAUCGUUGUCGAGCAAAUCAGAAGAAGUUGAUGCAAAUGAUCACUACUACUACUGAUGAGGAACUUCUUGCUCAGGGUCUUGAGAUGAAUGAUAUUUUGCAAAGUGUGAUUGCAAGGCAUGAUGGAAUAGCCUCUGGUGCUCCUUUGCCAAAUUAUAAGAGGGAUGUCAGUGCUCAACAUACAGAAUCAGUUGUAGACUCCAAUGCCAAUUGUACGGAGGCAAAAGACAAAUCUCUUGUUGAGGGCAGCAAGUCUCCAGCAUCUGAUGCGCCUGGUUCAGAGGCUCCUGCUGAAGAGGAGGAAGAGGAGGAUGAGUUUGCGUUGCUUGCACGAAGGCACUCAAAGACACAAGGUACACCUUCACAUAGUGCUGGGACGGGUUCUACAGAAGAUGCAGCCUCCUCCAGCGGCAGCAAUAAUGCACUGGUAUUAUUUGAUACUCCUUCACCUGCAACUGCGACAACUACUAGUUCAAAAGAGCAAGACCUUAUUGACCUUUUGAGCAUUGUUCUGACAACAAGUUCAACAUCUCCCGAAACCCCACAAGCUCCAAACCCAGCUCCUGCACAGGACACAUUUGAGACAUCUCUCAACAGUUAUGUUGUGCCAUGGGCGCAGCCUCAACAACAACAGCCUCAGCCCCAGCCCCAGCACAUGCAACCUAUGCCUCAAUAUCAAGGACAUUACCAGCCGAUGCAAUCUCAACCUCCGCAGGGUUACUCUUCUGUUUACCCACCACCUCCAUGGGAGGCAACUUCCGGUUAUGGUAAUAGCCAAAUUCAAGGGUCGAAUCCGUACCUCUACCCAAAUUCUCAAGGAACUGUAAACAAUUCUUCAGUGUCAAUGCAAGGAGGUUGGUCAUCACAGAAUGUAUAUCCACAAUAUGGAAAUCAACCAAUGUAUUCCAGUCAAGCUGCUGGCAGUUUCUCUCCAAUGCAAGGCGUGCGUACACUGCAGUAUGCCAAUUCCUUCCAAAAUCCGACAUCUAUAAACAAUAACCUUCACUCAAGUCCACAUAUGACUAAUACUUCAUCAUUACCUAUGCAAGGAGGUAGACCACUUCAGCAUGUCAACUCAUUUCCAGGCAAUGGGUCAGCUAUGAAUGGGAAUGCUACGGUGUUGAAUAAUAGCUCUAGCGUUGGUAUCCCUUCUACAGGACAGAAGCCUUAUAUUCCAUCUUACCGACUUUUUGAAGAUCUCAAUGUUUUGGGUGGCUCAGAAGGCAAGAUCAAGAGUGGUCCGUAUUCAAGUGCAUCAGGCACCCGAAUAUGAAUUGGAUUACUUUGCUCAUACAUGUGAAUAGAUGAGUAUACUACACAUUGGGCUUGUAAUUAUUCAGACAUCUGUUGAUGUUGGCUUGAACGUGUGGUGUUGGUAUUUCCAAUGAUUGAUAAAUAUAAUUUAAUAAUUUCUUGAUUGA